AUGACAUUUACCACCGGAUAUAGAUUUCGAGGCCUUGAUCCAAUUUUCAUUCUUCAUUUUCAUUUUGUAAAGCAAGCUUCUGCAACUUUAGCUUUGUAUGCUGCUAGAAGAACUUCGGGAAUUGUUGUAAAUAUUGGGUUUCAAGUCACAUCAGUUGUUCCAAUUUUACAUGGUAAAGUAAUGCGCAAAGUGGGUGUGGAGGUUGUGGGACUGGGAGCACUAAAACUUACCGGGUUUCUUAAGGAGUUGAUGCAGCAGAACAAUAUUAGUUUUGAAUCGCUGUACACCGUUCGCACUUUGAAAGAGAAUCUCUGUUAUGUUGCCUAUGAUUAUGAGGCUGAGCUACUCAAAGAUACACGAGCAUCAUCUGACGCAGCAGGAGAAGGUCAGUUCACUCUUUCAAAAGAGCGGUUUCAAACAGGAGAAAUUUUAUUCCAGCCACGAAUGGCAGGAGUGUAAGUUCUGGAACUUAUAAUAUUUAUUGCUUCACGAGCACUGUCAGGAAAGUUCCAACUGUGUGGAUGCAUGUGAGUGUGUGUGUGUGCUGCAAGGAUAUUAAAACUUCUACCAU